GGAUCUUGAGACAUGAGGUGCAUCUCCAGGCUGCCAGCUAUUCUCCUCAUCCUCUCGGUGGCACUCGGCCACUUGAGAGCUACACCUGUGGGAAGUGGUACCAACCCUCACGUGGACAAACGGAAGUGCAACACAGCCACAUGUGCCACACAACGUCUGGCAAACUUCUUGGUUCGCUCCAGCAACAACCUUGGUCCAGUCCUCCCACCAACCAAUGUGGGAUCCAAUACAUACGGGAAGAGGAAUGGGGCAAAGGAUCCAAAUAGGGAAUCCUUGGAUUUCUUACUCCUGUAAAGUCAAUGUACUCCCGUAUCUCUUAUUACUUCCUGUGUAAAUGCUCUGAUGAUUUCCUGAAUAAUGUAACAGUGCCUUUUCCAUUCCCCCCACAAAGUGAGAAUGUACAACAACGUGCCUGUGCUUGCUGUGUUUGUAAAUUCUUAUUCUAAGACGUGCUUUAAACUGAGUGUUGAUAAAGGUCAGGGUGAAUACCUCUCUAAUCACAACAUGUUCUUGCUGUACAUCUAUAUCAUAGGAACACUUAAAAUUUCUGUUUUUACCUUGUAACUCUAUGACUCAAGUUUAACAAUAAAGGAGGGCGUGGGGUGGUGGACUUGACAAGUCGUUAACAGCUCAUAGUAAAUUUCUGAUUCUAGACACUGGAAAGCGAGCAUUCUAAAUACCUGCUCAGAUGGCAUUUCAAAAUAAAUUAGCAAAAUCUUGUACUUAUUUAAUCAAACUUUUUAAUUCUAUUUCUUGUUGUCCUUGUUGGUAGUAAGAGGCUGUUUUAAAGGAUAAAGGUUGUUUGUAU